CGACGCUGCGCCUCAGUCCACGCACUACACAUCCAUCUUCGCUAGGCGGCCGCGUUUACUGCGCCCAGAGGCAACAGCAAUACACAGUAUGGUUGGACGAGAUUGCGUAGGCUUAAGAGAAUGCGAGAUGGACGGAAUUGUGAUGAUACAGCGAGGACGUACAUAAAAGGAUGAAUGGUGCCUGGUCGAGUAUAUAGAAUACAAUCAGCAACCUUCAAAUUUCACACAAUCAUUCCACUCACACGCCAUUUGUGUAGCUCGGAGAAUCAUCAUAAUGACUCUUUACUCUACAUCCAACAAGUCCAUUGAGGACGUUGAUCCUCUGAAGCAAGCUGGUCAACUUCCCUCUUACUCCACCCAGCCUGAUAUCACAGAACACCAACAAUCUCAACCUCAAGAUCGAAAUGCUUCUUCUACAGCCAAGCCAACAGCCGGCGAGCGAUUUCACAAGAUCAGCUCCAAGGCUGGCUCGCCAUUAAACAAGGCUGCCAACUUGUUUGGUGCCGAGGGAUGGUGGCCUUCUACAAUGGACAAGGAAUGCAGCAAGGCCGCUCGAAUUCUUCACUCUUUCACCAGCCUCAACUCGUCUACAUCGCCUACAGAAAAAGGUCCCCUCCACCCUACCGGACUUACACGCAAGUCGAUGGUCAAAAUCCCCCCUUCUGUCCUCCAAAGCGCUGCUGGUCUAGCCAUCUUCAACGUCAUCCGUGCUGGCGCCGGUCAUAACUCACUCUCCGGUGGCUCCGGCAUAGUCAUCGCCCGACGUUCAGAUGGUACUUGGUCUCCUCCAUCUUCGUUCGUUGUAAGCAGUCUAGGUGCAGGAUUUGUCUUAGGUCUUGAUGUCUACGAUUGCGUUUGUGUUCUCAACACCCCAGAGCAAGUCGCCGCAUUCACGAAGCCUCGUCUUUCAUUCGGUGCAGAGGGAUCGGUCGCUCUAGGACCCAUCGGGACAGGUGGAAGCGUUGAGGCUGCUCUUAGCAAGACUGCUCGACCUAUGUGGAGUUACAUGAAGAGCCGCGGUUUGUGGAUGGGUGUUCAAAUCGACGGCACUAUCGUCGUGACUCGAGGCGACGCCAAUGCUACUUUCUACAACGAACGUGGCAUUACAGCACAGAAGAUCCUAUGUGGCGACGUUGCUUGGCCAAUGGCUGCUAAGCCUCUCUUCGAAGUCCUCCAGGCUCUUGAGGGUCAAACUGAUUAUGACCAGACUGUUAUCCAAGCAGUUGCCCCGGCCCCUCCUCCUGGCGAUAGUAUCUUGUCUGAGAAGCAGGAGAGAUACACUGAUGAGCCCAAGGUGCAAGAGACCCAAGAGCAAACACCGCCUGAGAUUGCUUCUCGUGAUGUCAAGGAGGAGCUUCCAGAUUAUGAGGUUGUGAAGAAAGACGAGGAGGAGAAGGUUGUGGACGAUGAGAAGGCCAGGCUUGCUGCAUCAGGAUACUAGUUCCCGGGGGUUUUGCGUGUUUGCUUGCUAGGCGUUGUUUGUUGUCAAUCUUAGCUCAGGUCUUAGUUCUUCUUAUUCCCUAAGUCUUUUAAUAGUUCUCUGGAGCAUUUGAUCAUAAUGUUUUCGUUCAGCCCAAUAUGCAUAAGGAUUUUGCGUGAUUGGGAUUGUCUCUUCUUGGCAUCAAUAUUAAGUGUAGCAAGGCCGAAACUACUCAGAAUCUCCGGAGUUUCCGGAGAGAAGUCGAGUAGAUAGAGUAAUCAGAACGGGCGU